UCAGAUUUGGAAAUCCUCCCGUUUCCCAAGCAGGCGGAGUCGUCGCUGGAGCUCAGAAGGAGAAGCUUCGCCGCUCAAGUAGCAGAACUAGCAACUUACAAACUAAAACAUUACAAAGAUGUUCAUCGAAAAUCGUUGGCGGAGUCCAUGUGCCCGUUGCGUCGGAUUUCUUGCAGAUUUUCCAAAUAUCGGUCCAUCACCGGAAUAUGCAACAAUGUGUUCCGUCCUCACAGUGGAGCUGCCAUGAGUGCUUUACAACGAAUCAUGCCUGCAGACUAUGACGAUGAGGAUGGUGAAUCUGAGAAGAUUCGUAUUUCAUCACUCAGAACUUCCGUUGAUGGUGAUCGUUUACCCGAUCCAUGUUUCGUGGCGCAGUCCCUAUCCAGAUGGCGAUCUGAACACCACCGCCCUUCGAUGUCCGUCUCGGCAUUUUUCGUGCAUUGGUCACAAUUCCUCUACGACGACAUGGCAUCCAUUGCACCGUUUAAGCUUGCUGAUGGCAACGUUCCAACAUGUUGCCCAAUAUCCCGCCAUCCAGAAUGCGCUCCUCUCCAGAAAGAUAACGGGUGA